AAACCCGAAUUUGAAAAGGCAUCUGUUGAUCAAUAUACAAUUGUGGACGGUAGAUCUCGAGAGGUGGAACUUCUCUGUCCUGUUGCCGCAUCAAAUCCGCCGGCAGUUCUUUUUACGUUCUAUCGUGAAGGAAAUGAAUUGAAUGAUCCAUCCAAAUAUAAUGUUACGAUGGACAAGUACCAUAAAUGGGCUAAAUUGAGGAUUUUCGAUGUGGACGAAGAGGAUUUAGACGAAUAUCGCUGUGAAGUCAAUAACGGAAAGGCCAAAAGCACAAUGACUAUUCAUCUCAAAGAAACUAGUAUGAAAAACGUUAUUAUUAAAAACAAUGAGCAUUCAUUUAUUCGAUCUUAG